AUGAGUCAGAAGCUUCUUUCAAUAUCUCCACUUCGGCUGCUCUUUCUGCAGUGCCUUCUCAUCGGUUUCGCCGUCUCCUAUCCCUAUCUGAUCUUCCCAGCAUCGCCAUCUUCCGGUGACUCCCGCCGUCUUGUGAAGAGAGCAUUCGAUCGAUUCGAUAACUCUGGAGUCUUCUCGUUCGGCUCAAAACGAUUCGAUCGGUAUGAGGAGGAGAAUCCGUACGGAUACAACUUCGGCGCUCAUAUCUUCAAGCGAUCUGCGGAUCCAUACCGUUUUAUGACGGUUCCAACGAAGAAGGCAUUCGAUAGAAUGGACAACAGUGACUUCUUCGGUGCCAAACGGAAACGAUCAUUUGAUAGAAUGGGAGGAACCGAAUUCGGAUUGAUGAAGAGAAGUGCACCGGAAGAUAGAGAACAACUAAUCGACAGUCUCACCGACUCAAUCUUGGCUCUCCGACGAGCUCGCGAAUCGGAAUCAUCUGGAACAACUCAACCAGUCGCCAUCAGCUACGAGGACUAA